CAGGUUAUUCAUUCAACCGAUUUUGAGUAACUUUUACUUUCUAUCUUCAUGGUGAUAAUGAUAUUCACUGAAAACAAGAGCGGAAAAAGGCCUCGGGAAUAGAUACACUUAUUAUACACUUUUCUUUGAAAAGGAAAAAAAAUCAACAUUUUAUUUAUACUUUGAUUCUUGUUUUUAAUUUUGUUAAAAUAUAUUACGUUAUCAACGAUUCUAAUUAAUCUGUGAUCUGGUUGAUUGUUUAAGUUUCUCGAUUUACUGUUAAUCAACCAGUUUUUUAUUAUUAUUAUUAUUUUAAUUUCUGUUAAUCUAAACAGCUCCUAAUGGACAAUUAAGAUGAUGUUGUAAUUGAACUGGUCAUUUAUUCAACCAUUUUAAUUAUCGUUCAAUGAGAACAUUUUGUUUACAUUAACUGUCGUUAUAUUUAUCAAUCGAAACUUUUUUUUUCCUUGUCAAUGUUUUAAUGUCACAUUAAACUUAUUGAUCGGCUCAACUUUAACCUGACCUUUUAAUAUGAGAACAAUUAACUGAUCAUCGGCAAAUAAUUGAUUGAAUUUACAUCCAUAUCGAUAUUUCAUCUGUUCAUCUCAUUUUACUUUUUCUUUCAUUGAGUUUCCUUUGUUUCUUUGUGAUACAAUUUUCAACAUUGUGCUCAUUUUAAAUCAACACGUUUUGGGCUUGGCUCUAUUUCCAAGCCCUUUCUUAUUACAUCUUUGUACCUGGUGAAAUAACUUGAAUCUAUUGGUCUAAUUGUUGUUACGUGAUAUUUAAUUGUGUGAUCUAAUUGUUAGUCCAAAUGGAGGUCGAGGAAACUGUUGCUGUUAAGGUGAAACAAUUACAAGUCUCUUAUGGACCAAAAAUUGCUCGAAAUGUUGUCCUGGAUAAUGUGAAUACAACGAUUCCGAUGGGCCAAAUUUAUGGCCUUCUUGGACCAAGUGGUUGUGGUAAAACAACGUUACUCAAAUGUAUCAUGGGCUGUCGUCAACCGGAUCAGGGGGAAAUAUCAAUAUUUGGUUACCCGGCGGGAUCACCUGAAAGUGGAGUACCUGGUGUGGGUGUUGGUUUUAUGCCCCAGGAUAUUGCUCUUCAUGAUGAUUUAACCGUUGAGGAAAUGUUGAUUUACUUUGGUAAUCUUUAUCUGAUGCCACCAAAGAUCCUUUAUCAACAGAUUAACCUUUUAAUCAAAUUAUUUGAUUUACCUGAUCCAAAUCAGUACAUUGGGACACUUUCAGGGGGUCAAAAGCGAAGGGUUUCCCUUAUGUCCGCUUUACUCCAUCGACCAAGACUAUUGAUUCUCGAUGAACCGACUGUCGGGGUUGAUCCUGCAUUGAGAGAGAGAAUUUGGAAAUUUCUAGUCGAGCUCACAGUUAACGAAAGAAUAACCGUCAUAAUCACCACCCAUUACAUUGAAGAAUGUCGAAGAGCCGAUUCUGUUGGAUUCAUGAGUAAAGGACAAGUUCUGGUCGAAGGAGCGCCAAAUGACCUGAUGAAAAGAUAUAAUUCCAAUUCAUUAGAAGAUGUUCUAUUUCGAAUUUGUGUAAAUAAGAAGUUAAAAUGUUCGAAAUUGACAAAGAUGGACCAUGAAGAAAACGAUAAAAACGGUGAACCUAAACAAGUUAAUCUAAAGCUACCUAAGGAAAUAAUGAUCUCAAAUAGUCCAGUUUCAAAUAAGGACAAUGUUCAAAUGAUCAGACUGGACAAUCAAUCAACUUACGUUGAUAUCAAUGAGAUUGAUGAAUACAAACAAUUUAAAGAAACUGAUUGUAAACCAAGCUCAUCAAAGAUGAUAACCAGAAACUCUUAUCAAUUCAAUGAUUCAAUUGAAAGUGAAAUAAUUGAUUCUAAUGACGAUAAUAACAAUUACGAAGAUGAUAAUCAAAGUAGUCAAAAAGAUGUUCCUAAACUUGCACUUUUCUCACAAUUAAGAUCUUCAUCAACAUCUUCAGCAUCUUCAUCCAAUCCAUCGAUAUCUUCGUCAAACUCACCUCUCUCAUUAUCGUCUAAUUCAACUUCCGAUGAAAUGGACGAUUGGACAAUACGAUUUCGCUGUUUGGUCUGGCGACAAAUGAUCCAAAAUAUCCGUCGCCCUGAGCCGAUGAUCGGCCGUGUGAUUGUACCUUUGCUCGUUGUGAUAACUUAUUGUGCCUGCAUCGGCGGGACACCGCAAGGUCUAAAAAUGGCCAUAAUUAAUUACGAAAAUUGUUCAGCAUUAGCGUCCGGAGAGCCUUGUCUGAGUACAAGAUUAUUGGAACAAUUUAACUCUUUUGUAUUCACUAAAAUUCCUUAUGAUAAUGUAACUAAGGCACGAGAAGAUGUCAAGACACGAGAUCUAUGGGGUUACAUGGUGAUUAAGGCCAACUUUUCAUCGGCCAUCAUAUUGAAAACUCGAUUCGCCGAAAAGGAGUUCGAUGUGGUUGCCAAUGAUUCAAUUGUAAAAAUUCACGGUGAUAUAACUGGUAAAAUAUUAAUGAUAACCGUUGAGGUGACCAUCGAUGAAAUUUAUCAAGAUUUUAUAUUCACUGCGUUAAGAGAUAAAGGUUACAAUCCAUUUGUAGGCCAACUUCCGAUAAGACUUGAGAAAACGAUAUUCGGUGAGAAACAGAAAGUCGAUUAUCUUGGAGUUCGAGGAUUUGGUGGACCAGGAUUGAUUGUAAUCAUCACUUAUUCAAUAUCUUGUGCCAUUAUGGUUCUGGUCAUAAUUACCGAUAAAACUGACGGAAUGUUUGAACGUAAUUACGCUGCUGGUGUUUCCAUUGGACAGAUAAUAAUCUCACAUGUGACAACUCAAUUCUUUUUCUCGUCCAUCUCAACGUGUAUCAUUUUCUUCCUCUGCGUCUAUUUACUGGACAUUCCGUGUAAAGGGUCACCUUUUGAAGCCCUUGGAUUACUAUUACUCCAAUGUUUAGCCGGGAUUGGAACAGGAUUAUUGGUCGCAGCGGCACUUCCCACCCUUUCGGCUUGUGCGGUUGUUUGUAAUGCCAUUUUACUGGGUUCGUUUACACUUUCGGGUGUCCUUUGGACCAAUAAGACGCUUCCCUAUUACGCUAAAUGGGCCACAAUGUAUUUACCGGCGACUUUACCAGCAGAAGGACUUCGAACCAUAAUGACCAGAGGUUUACCGGCUUCGACUCCGAUCGCUUUCCAAGGAUAUCUGAUCACUUUUGCUUGGAUUGUUGGUCUUCAUUUGUUGAGUUACAAAAUAUUAGCAUUUGUGAAAAGAUGAUGAUUAAUGACAAACUUUAAUCAACUUUGACGUUUAAUUAUGUAUAUUAAAGAUAAUUUUAUAAUCUCUUGUCAUGAUUGUUUAUUUGUAACUUAGUGUUUAGUGUGUGUGUGUUGUGUGUUGUGUGUGUGAGUUAAAAAAAAUAUUACCAAGCAUUCCCAUUUUGUGAUUUUGUAGAAUUUAAAUAAAAGGAAAUAAUUUAAUGCAUAGAGA